AUGUAUCUUAGUUUAUUCGCGUUUAAUCUUCUACUGGGAUUGUCAGUUGGUUAUCCUAGUCGGUUGACUUUCGAGUUACCUGAUAAUGAAGGUAUUUGCUUCUACGAAGAUCUUCCAGCUUCGAAAAAGUAUGUAUUUAGCUAUCAUGUAAUUCACGGAGGACAAACUGAUGUGGAUAUCGUAAUUAAAGAUCCUAAACAAGUGAUUAUUUCUAAUGUAGAACGUGGUUCAGAUGAUGAUAUCACUUUCACAACAAUUUCUUCUAAUGGCACUUAUUCUUUUUGUUUCAGUAAUGAAUUCUCUUCUAUAUCACACAAACUUAUAUAUUUUGAAAUUCGACCUGAAGAUUUUGAAUCAUUAGCUGAGGAGGCUGGAUUACCAGUUUUUCCAACUGUGAUGACUUUAUUAGAUAGUGUUGUGGAGGUGUUACAUCAUUAUCUAUCACGGGCUGAAAGUUUCGGAAUCGAGUUAAAAAAUCGUGAUUAUGGUGAUUUCUUGGUAGCUGAAGAUUUGAAUUCAGCUGUUUUUGUUUGGAGUGUCAUUAUUACAUUUGUUGUCAUAAUAACUUCAGUUGGACAAGUCACAAUAUUAAAAAAUUUCUUCAGUGAGAAAAAAGUUGCUUAUUCAGCAAUCCCAUCAAGUUAUCCUGCCCAUACAUUAAGAACAUAAUUUCAUGUAAAUUUUAGCAUUAUUUCUGCUAUAUAGAAUAGUUGGGAUUAAACAAUGACAAGCAUGGGAAAUAUCGACUAUUUUCUGACUCCCGUUCAUCCUUCUUUUCUUUUCUUUUUUUUGGGGGGCGGGCUAUCAAUUCUCACCUUGUUUCUAAUGAAACUUUUCAAGUUGUUAACGUGUACAGAUUCAGUUUUUAAAAUUUCGAUUUGUAUUUUAAAGUUUGUCUUAUCUUUGUGGCAAUUUGUUUUUCUCAGACACAUUAGUUUGUGUUAUAAAAAAACAUUGUUUUGGCUAAUGAAUUUGUGAUGACGAUCAUUGAUUUUUAGUUUACUUUUUAUUAAGAGCUGAAUUGUGUCUGAUGUUUACAUGGUACAGAUGGUUAACUGGCUAACGUAUCUGAUAAUUAAUCGGUAAAACUAUCAGUAGUCUACUCUAUAUCUGCAUAUUAUACCAUAUUUUAGAACAUUCAUGUUAUUUUUUUAGGCUGUACUGUUUACAAAUUUGGCUAGUGUAAAAAUAUAUACUAUUCCGUGGUAUUCACUUUCCCUUUUUAGCUUACAUGAAAAUUUGUUCACCACACGAAGCUACUGAUUAGAGGCUUCUUGGGCAAGGGUGUGUUAUGGAAAUGCUCUGUGAAGGUUGAACUCUUUGUUACCCCCCAGCUGUAGCAGGGUUUUUAAUGUCAAGUGUGUAUUCGGUCGCGGCUUCACGAACAAGGUAAGCCUACAUCCUCAUUCCGUAUCUCAGAGACAUUAUCACAGAGUUGUUUAGUCUUCUUAGAGGGAUAAGUUUGUGGUUAUUUGGUGG